AUGACCGUCGAAGGCACAAGCCUGGAUCCCGAGAGCACCAUGAAGCCAGAGGUCCUUUGGUGGUUAAUGGGGCUACUUAUGCUCAGGGACGGAGAGGCAUUGGACUAUGGGGAAGAGAAGAUAGGGAAGGCUGGCUACUGCCCAACGUUUCCCAGCGGGCUGUUCCAGCCACCGUGCACCGUGAAGUGCGAAGCCGACAGCGAGUGCGAGGGGCCGCAGAAGUGCUGCGAAUUCGCCUGCCGCUACAGCUGCAUGCUGCCCAGCAGAGACAAGCCCGGGAUGUGCGCCACCCCACCGAUGAAGAAGCUGUAUGCGCCUUUGCCGUGCACGAACACUUGUGUGGUGGACGAGGAUUGCUCAGGGGCCCAGAAGUGCUGUGAGGCAGCCGGUGGCCGAACCUGCAACCCACCCCUUCCAGGCAAGUGGCACUGCGAUAAGAUCAGAGCCCAUGGGGCCCCCUGUGCCUUGCCCCAGAAGGCCGGCGGAGACCAGCUUUAUGAGAAACCUGGAAAAUGCCCCAAGAAGAAGCCCCAGAAGAGCGCGAGCCCUUCCCCCGACACCUGCUUCCACGACCAGGAGUGCUUCGGCGCAGAGAAGUGCUGCUUCACCGGCUCCUCCAUGAACUGCCUCCCUGUUGAGCCAGAUGGCAGAGGAGGAGCACAAGGCAGCCGCCCAGGCAAGGAUGCCGCCCGCGCCUGGGCAUGGGCAGGACGAGGCGCGGCUCAGUGA